AUUGCAGAUCCCAAUCCAUUCAUUAUUCAUCUUCAGUAGUCAUGGCCAACUCCAAUGCGCCGAUGCUUCUGGUAUUAGUGGUGGCAGCGCCGGUGGCGGUGGCAGUUCUACUCUAUAGACUGGCUGAGUUUGACCCGGCGUCCCUUCCGGAGCACGUAUUGUCUCGAUCACCACCAAUUGUGCCGCCGUCUCAUUAUGGCCGAGUGCUAGAAUUGGCGGAUCGAAUCGGGGAAGGGCUCUUACCAGGUCCCGAAGACUUUGCAUACGAUGCGGAGACGGGACUCUUAUAUACGGGUUGCAGCGAUGGUUGGAUUAGGCGUUUCCACGUGACAGACUCGGCUGAGGAGAAAGAGAAGGCGAAGACACAGUUGGAGAUCGAAAACUGGGCUUUCACCGGUGGUCGACCGCUCGGUCUGGCUUUCGGACCCGACAAGCAACUCAUCGUCGCUGAUGGUAAUAAGGGACUCUUGAGGGUGAGUAGAGGAGCAACAGUAGAAAUGUUGACAGAUGAAGCAGAGGGUUUGAAAUUCAGGAUAACCGACGGCGUUGAUGUGGGGAGAGAUGGAGUAAUAUACUUCACGGAUGCAUCGUAUAAGUAUAGUUUGGCAGAACACAUAGCUGACGUCCUCGAAGGUAGGCCCUACGGUAGGCUGAUGAGCUAUGAUCCAUCCAUCAAUAAGACCCGAGUGCUGGCGCGCAACCUCUACUUCGCCAAUGGAGUAGCCCUCUCACCCAAUCAGGAUUUCCUCAUCUUCUGCGAAACGGUGUUGCGAAGAUGUAGCAAAUAUCACAUCCUAGGCGAGAGACAAGGAAGCGUGGAGACCUUCAUUGAUAAUUUGCCUGGUUUCCCAGACAACAUUCGCUACGAUGGACAGGGCAGCUUUUGGAUCGGAUUAGCCAUGGGAAAUACUAUAUUUUGGGAUGUACUAAUGAGAUACCCAAUAGUACGGAAGACGGUGUGGAUGUUGGGUAAAGUGGUGAAACUCCCACACAUGCAGAGUAACGGGGGAGUGAUGGCCGUCAAUUUGGAAGGAGAAGGGAUUGCACUCUAUUCUGAACCAGGGUUGUAUAUGGUCACUUGUGGCUUCAAGAUCCGGAACCAACUAUACAUUGGUUAUCUUGCCAACAACUACAUCACUCGUCUCCACCUCAACCAACUUGCAUAAUAAAUAUGAGAGUGGAACAU